AUGUCUGGACGUGGUGGAGGCGGCGGUGGUCGCAGAGUAUUGCUUCCGCCCAUUAAUUUCAUCUUCAAGCUCCUACAACAACACACAACUGUGCAAAUCUGGCUAUAUGAACAGCUAUCGAUCCGAAUUGAGGGAAAGAUCAGGGGUUUUGAUGAAUUUAUGAAUCUCGUUAUUGACGACGCAGUCGAGGUGAAGCAAGUUACGAAGACGAAUCCAGAGGAAUCUCGGCGAUCGCUGGGUCAAAUAUUGUUGAAGGGCGAUAACGUCUCGUUGAUCCAGAGUUUAUCGGGUUAA